AUGAAUAUGACUCAUGCUGAGAAACCACAAACUGAUCAUACUCGAAAAGCUUUAUCUAAAACCAUUACCAUUCUCAAACAACCUACUCCCUUAGUGUCUCCUCACAUUCGAAUGUCUUCAGAGAAAUCUCGCGCUAAUAAGACAUGUUACAUUGUCAAGACAUCACAUGAUGCUAAGUCAGUUUGCACUAACAAGGUUGUUCACACUGCCAAGUUAGUUCACAUUGACAUGUCGAGUCUUGCUGCCAAGAAAUUUCACAUUGCCACUCCAGUUCAUGUGGCCAAGAAGUCUCACACUAUUCAAAUAUCACACCCUGACCAAUCAGUUCACAAUGUUAAGUUUGUUCAAACUAACAAGACAUUUCGCAUUGUUAAGCUAUCUCAAGUAGCGAACACUUCAUCUUACCCCAUCAAGACUCAAGCUCCAACUCCAACUCCAAACAUUAAAAGAUCUCAUGCUGGUAAACUUCCUGAUGUUCCAAAGAAGCGAUCUCCAGAACCUAGGAAGAUAAAGAAAGUUAAGGUUGCCACGAGUAUAUCUCCUAAACUUGAAACAAAGCUAGUUAUUGGAAAUAGAAAUAAACAUUAUAAUCAAAAGUCUCCAAGAAUGAAGAAGAAGGGUUCGAAAGCUCAAGCUGGCUGUUCUACAUCUGACUAG